CGCUCUCGCGGGCUUCCUGUAGUUUCCGGGCGCCGCUUGGUUCUGUGAACUGUUGCACGGUUUGAUUCUAAUUUCAGCCUUUGAACAUUACUGCAAGAACGGAGCUCUCUGAAAAGUUCUCGCGGUGUCUUAACUGACUGUCGAUACCUGUUGAUUUCCAGUUUGUGAAAAAAAAACCUGAAGUUUGGAACUAGAAAGAAAGAACAGAUGCAGUGCUUUGGCCCGCCUCUGAAGGACUGACAUGUAACAUGUAACUCGUGUUGGGCCACAUUUGGCUGUCAAACAGCUCAGUUUGGAAAUAUGGCAGACAGUUUUUACAAGUUGGAAGAUGAAGUCCUCCCCAGUUUCCUAUGUGACACCGUGGACAGCUUUAGUGGACGUGCCACACUGGGGAAUGUGACACUGGGCUCAGGCCCAGGACUUCCUGUGGCAGCCUCUACUGUAGCCAAAGUCCGACCCAGGUCUGAAAACAGAGAGGAUCCUGGUGACUCAUAUCUGGAUGAUAAAGACUUGAAACAGGCCAGCUCACAGUCAUCAGUGGGAGAACAUCCUAAAUUUACCCUCAGCUUUAAAGAUGACUUGGACAAAGCUGAUGAAUACAUUGCAGCCCAUCGUCUUUCAGACAUGUUGGUGAAAAUUAAUAUGAAUGACAGUGCAUCUCAAAAUCAAGCUACUAAAACGAGGCUGUCUGGCAAACACUCACUCUAUGGCUGGCCUGCAGAACACACAACAGAUUUAUCCACAGACCUGAUGACACUUCCUCACCUUGGACAAAAGGACAGAUCAGAUUCAAAGGUCUUACCUGCUGCAGUUGGAGAGGACAAUGUGCAGAGUGAAGGAAUUGACAGUGAUCAUUAUAGCAGCAGUAAUUCAAGCUUCCUGGCCAAUGAGAGGCUCAUGUCUCUGGACAGCAUGAACAGUGAGUUGACAGAUGAUGACAAUGCGGACUUGAACAAUAUGCCUGAUGACGAACUGGAGCUGUACUUCAACAAGCUGAUGCCCCCUGCCAUGCAGAGAGGCAGAGUGGAGGGCCAGGAGAUCCCAUCAAUUGGACUCCCUGCAGCUGCGACUGACGACCUGUCAAACGUAAAAUCAGAACCAGAACAGUACAGGAAUCAGUACCUUGAUAAUAAUGACCAGGAGGACUUCAGGAUGCCUCAUGUGCGUCUGGCUGCUACAGGCAUGGACUCUUGUCCUGCCAGUGAUGAGGACACUGAGGAUGAGCUGGAGUCUGCCAGAAGAAACACUGCUGCCAGAACACGAUUGCUACCAAGCACAUCCAGACAACUGGUUGGAGAGAGCAAUCGUCCCAGCUUUAGGCCAGGUUUAGAAGGAGGUAGUUCUGAUGACGAGUCUUAUAGUGGCCGCAGUGGUCCAUCCGUCUCUGGGAUUGAACACAGAAGAUCUGCUGAAGGACAAGUUAUCAACCCACCUGUUACAGGUGACGGAGGAGGUGGAGAUGGCAGCAGUGGGAGUGACGAAAGUGGGAGUUUUAGGACAUCUUCAACUGUCCCUCUUCCAACAUCCAGCAUCCCCACCACCUAUGAUGUUCUGCGUGGGCUUGGUAUUGUAGGAAGCAGUGCUGCUGGUGACGAUGAUGAUCUGAAUAGCCUGGUAGGACCAGGGAGAAAUGGCCUUUCUCGACCUUGUGAGAUGGGGGACCGAGUUGGUCCUGUCGGAACAGGAGAGGCCAGCUGUUCUCAAGGGGCAACAACGGGUAUGCAAAGGCUGUCUCCUGUGAAUUGGAGCAUGGUUCUAGACCGUCAAGAGGCCCUGGAUGCCAUGGAAAGCACAGAAAUUGGUCCCACUGUUGACCGACUGCUAGAUUCAGUUUAUCUAAGGAGUGGAGCUAGACUCAAAAGGCCCCAAGACCUGACUUACUCACACCUUCAGGGCACUCAGGGAAGCUUCCAUCUCUCCCAGGUUCUGCACUCAGAAUGUGGAGACAAGAAUGACGAUGAUGGAGUUGAUGUACCUGAUGGUGCCAGGUCUUCUUUAGGUAUUAGGGGAGGACCCUGCGGCGAUGUGACUGCUGCAGAAGCCUCUGGCAGUAACAGUGAAAAUGAGGCUGAUCCCCUUUCCACCUCUCUGGAACCAAAGUAUUUUUCUCAGAGCUUUCACCAGGAACAGGAAGAUCCAGAUGACUGGAACCACUGCCCAGACAGCAUGGAACUUGACUUUCAACAAGGUGCCAAUGCUUCUCACAAUGUGGUUUACCAGAAUGAAGAGGGUCAGUGGGUCACAGACCUGGCGUAUUACUCCUCCUUUGAGAAGGAAGUAGAUGGAAAGGCUUCAGAAAACAAUGGUCGUUUUCAAAAUGAGGAUUUUGUUAAUCCAUGUGAUGCUUUAGAAAAGAUUGCAAAGGAUCAAGAGCAGUUUGAGAAAGAGCACCAAUUCAUCCAGGAAGAGAAGAUUGAAGCAGCCAACCCCAACACCACUGUGGACAGUGACUCCUCAUGGAAGGUGCCCAGCAGCAGUCACAUCCUCAUGAGGGCAUCUCAGGUGUCCUCUGAGUUUAAACAGGGGGACCAUAGCUACCUACGGCUGUCUUUUGGGGAGUUUUUUGGACAACGGUCUGAAGCCCUGGGCUGUUUAGGCCUCAGCCGUGAUGUUGAAGGAAUCAAACGGCCUUCUUUUGGUUACAUUAUCACUUCACCAGAGAAGAGGGAACCGUUUGCUCUGAUUCACCCCACAGAACUCACGGCUGUUGUGACCCCUUCUCACAGUGACACCAUGGAGCUCAGUGAAGCAGACAAAACACUCAACCCAGAAGACUUGGAUAAAACUCUUGAGGCGCUGCAUGACAGAAUAUCACCUAAAGGUGAUGUUACCCCUCAGUCCAGUUGCAAAGAGAACCGUACUCUCAGUUUUGCACUACCUGAUCAUGGUGUGGGAUCUGGCUCUGAUCAGAGCUUGAACAACCAAACCACUGUUAGCCCCGACAUCAACAGCAGUAAUCUGAUGCUGAGUAUCAGCACCAUUGCUUCAGCUAUUGCUGAUGCCUCCAUCAGCACCGACCCAUCACAGUUGGCUGCCAUGAUCAUGGAGCUGUCCAAGAGGAGCAAGGCAAGGAAGCAGCCUGUUGAAGCUGCUGACAGCAGGACAGUGGACCCACCUUCUAAUGAACAGAUCCUUUCUGAGGACACAGAACACAGCACCAUGUUUGAAGGAAGUACCAGCAUUGGUGAUCUAAGUGCUUUUGAUAUGGAGAAAUACCUUAAAAAGACUGACAUGUCCACCACCAGUGAUUCCUCUUUAGCACACAUGACCCUUGACCUGUCAAAAUGGGACAACAACCUCAGUAGGAUUCCUAAAUUGGCUUAUUGUGGGGAUCAAAACACAAACCUUUGUCAUUCAGCAGACACUGAUAUAAGAAAUACAUCCUCUGGAUUGUCUCUGGUAAAUGAAUCGUCAACAGAAAAAAAGCGGGAUUUGAAAAGAAGUCCCAUUCCUCCUACCCGUACAUCUACCAGUUCUUCAAGGAGGUCUGUGGGUUCAGGACAGUCCUCCAUUUUAAAGACAUCUUCAGUCAAAUCUGUUGCCUGUGACCACAGUACUAUGUCUGUCUCCAAGUCCUCCAGUUCCACUAACACAGAAAACGGACUAAAAGAGGCUCAGUCUAAUUCUCACAAGUCCAAUAGGUCUUCUUCAGAAACUUUGCAAAAGAGUGAAAAAGUACCAGCUGUCACUCCUGUGGGUCCCAAACCCCCCACAGGGUCCAAAGUAGAGUCUAGUGUACCUUGUUCCAAAGGUUUCUCCACAACAUCUCAGAAACUGAAGAGUCCAGAUCACCAACAGGAUCAACACAGUAUGACACCUGAUCGAAAACCACAACUCUCAAAUACGACAGCUGCCAAACCAUAUAAUACUACAGAGAAACAAGUUAACGCCUUUGGUCAGAGCACAAAACCUCUGCCUGGCAUUUCUUCAGAUCUCCCAAAGUGUUUUGCGGAACCCUUUGUGGACGAAACGCAGUGCAACUUCAGACCCUCCACCUCUCCACUUACCCACUCCUCCCCAAGUCAGACCUCGCUUCCCAAUGCAAAUGGAAUGUUGUCACCUCCUUCAUCCAGUGGAGGUCUGGCAGAUAAACGUGCAAGCGUUGACACUUCUCCUCAGUCUACGUGUUCCAGCCCGAGUCUCAGCAGACUGACGUACAUCUCCAUGAAUGAUGGCACUGCCAUUCCUACACCUGAGAGAAGAAAGAACAACUCUACAAUGGCACUUAGCACAACCAUCAUCAGAUUCAGUCCAACUCCACCUGUAGACCCAGAUGAUCAGUCUAACCUCAGUGCUCCCCCUCUGCCUAAGAGCUUGGAGCAGGCAGAACCUCAACACUCCAAAAGUUUGGACACUCUACCAGCCCAGCAGCGUAGAAGCCCAGAGCAGUCACGUACUGGUUCUGCUUUGAGCUGUUCUCGCAGUCAGAGUGAAUGUAACUACCACUGUCCAGGUGACAGAACAAGUGAUCUUGCAGCUGGCUACAAGACACACAAACAUUUCUCUGAAUCCAAUGUAAGGCAGCUCACUAAAGUGGAUUCAGGUUAUUGUAGCAAUCUGAACAUUCAACAAACCAGAAGCAUGGCAGUCCCUGAUGGCUCCCAGCAGUGGGGAACUGUUGGAUCAGUGUCAACUUCAGUGUAUGCUGGUGGUCUUGGUGUUCCGCCAUCAUUUUCAGAAGGAUUUCAUUAUGUCCCCAUCCCUAGCUUUAAGACACAGUGUUCUGCUCUUGUUGACAUUCCAAAUGCACAAUUGCACAAUGCCAACCCACUUUACAACUCCCAGCUGGCUCAGCAGUAUCUGGGAUCAUCGGAAGCUCCGUUACAUCCUGGUACUUAUACAGGAAGGGUCAUGGGAACUGGCCUCUAUAAUAUUUCCUCGACAGGACCUCUGGGAGUUCCAGCAGCUGUUGGCUCUCAUCACCUUCCCAGAUCCCAUCAGAACCAGCUAGACCUUGCAGGAAUCGGGAAACCCUACAGUCACUAUGACACUGAGGCACUCGGUGGUCUAGGUGGUGUGGAAGAACUUAGAGGACAAGUGGUGGUUCCGGCUGAGCUGCAAUUCCCUCAUGCCUGCUGUGUAGGCAUCGCCGCUCAGACCUCUCUCAACAUCUUCAACCCUUCUGAGAGAUGGCAGCAAGUGUCAGUCACUGUCACCAGCCUGUCUAUUGAUGGAGAGAAGGUGGACAGCCUGCCUUAUCAGUGCCUGGUGGUAAAGAACAAGACGAUCAUUGGACCAAAGAGUACCGAGGAACAGAAGGUGUUGUUCAUACCUCCGCAGCCUGGUGUUUACCAGUGUGUCUUGAGCGUCUGCUCGUGGCCUGUAUCUGCUGAGACAGCGUUUGCUGCCAGGGCUAAUAUCUUUGCUAAAAGGGUUGUGCUGGUUGCCAUAGCACAGAAUCCCUUGAUAGAGGUUGAAACAAACAAGUCUGGGUUUCUUGAUUUUGGAGACCUUCCUGGAGGCAGUUCCAAAUCUCUUCCCCUCAAACUGGUCAACAAGACACAUGCCACUGUCCCUGUCCGCCUAGUCAUCAGUGCAAAGGCCACAUCAUGGAGAUGUUUCAGCUUUUCCAAACAGCCUGCCACCAUGACACAUGAAGCGUCACAGCAGACAGGACAUAUGACCCCAGCCUCCACUCCCUCAGUGAUGAAUCAUGUGAUGCCUGCCAGCUAUGGAGAGGAUCCAGCAACUUUUCUGGUCUGGGUGCAUUUCAAAGCCCCUGAAAAAUAUGCCUCUGCAGGAGAACUUGGUCCAGCUGAUGAGUUCAUUGCUCGGGUAGAUGUUGAACUGGACUCUCCAGGUCCCAAUCAUGUCAUCUUCAGUGUCCCCCUAAGCGCCAGGUGUGGAACUGCUAGGGUACAUGCUCCGAAAGACCUGCAGACCUUAAGCCUCUCUGCCCCACUGGGUAAAUCCAGCAAACAGACACUGCCAUUAAAGAAUGCUGGGAACAUUGAUGUGGAGCUUAAAAUCAAGAGCAGUGAUGAUGAAGGCUCUUUUUCUGUGACACCUGAGGAGCUGUUGCUCAGAGUAGGAGAGGAGCAGGAAAUCUCUGUAACCUUCAAAGCACAGGCCAACAAGAAAUGCAGAGACUGCCUUCUCACCAUCUUGGUGUUACCAUCAGGCCCUCAGUAUGAAGUAACCCUGAAAGGUACUGUUGUCCCAGAGGACUAUGGGAAAUCAGCCAUUCCUUCUGCUGUUGCUGGCCCCGGUCUUUCCAAAGACAUCCCACCGAUUUUGUCAAAUAAACAGUUCAUAGCCUGGGGAGGGGUCACCCUGGGACGAGCUGUCCAACAGAAGCUGGUCUUAAGGAACAACUCCAACAAUUCUACACAGCAGCUACGGCUACUGAUACGUGGUCAAGACCAGGACUGUUUUCAGCUACAGAGCAUGUUUAGUCCAGAGGAGCGUCUGACCCGUCAUGGGGAGCUGUCUAUCCGUCCCAGAGAGGAUGUAGCAGUCCAUCUGCUCUUUGCUCCCACCAGGGUGGCUUCCAUGCUGGCCAAGCUGGAGAUCAAACAGUCUGGAGUCCGACCUUCACAGCCAGGAGUCAAAUUCACUAUUCCACUGUCAGGCUACGGUGGGACCAGCAACAUCAUCCUGGAGGAUCAGAGGAAACAGGCUGACAGCUACGUGGCAACACUGACUGACAUCGCUGUUGGUCGUGUCAGCAAAGUGUGUCUGUGUGUAAGGAACACAGGUUCUAGAGCAGCCUUUAUCAAAGCUGUGGCCUUUACUGAUAUGCAGACUAGAUCGGUUUUGCAGCCCUCUGUCAUCAGCCUUGCACCGUCACAAUUUGUGCUGAAGGAAAGGACUCAAGAGGUCAUAACAGUGCUCAUGAAGUCUAUGCAAAGGGAAGUGAACCUGUGCCAAUCCUCCAGUCCUCUGCUGGCUACAGUUUAUCUUUUCUGUGGAGAUGAACUCUCCAGGCAGCAAUUCAGAAGAUUACUUCAGAGCAAACCCCAGGCUGCACAGAAGGCCCUGUCUGAAAACAGUCUGCUGAAAAACAUUGAAUUUAACGAGAAGUUUCUGGGAGAAGAAAGUGUUACAGAAGCCUGUGACCUUCCUCAGCGGUCCAACGAGGCUCACAUCUUCUAUGGCAACAUGAGUAAAGUAGCGGUGUCAUUGAUGGGAACAACAAAGAGCACCGACUGUGAGGAGAGAAAUGAAGCUGAACUUUUGCUGUCCUCUGGUAGAUACGGUCCAGACAGUGAUGGUGCUUUGGCAAAUGGCAGCGUGUCGUUGGAUGUGCUGCCAGUCAAAGGUCCUCAGGGUCCACCGCUUAAUGUGACAGAACCUUCUUUGAAGGUGUCAGAGCCAUGGACUGUCCAUCCAGAACAGCUGGUCCUCACAACUCCCACCAUGAAUGGUGCAACCACCACCAGUCAGAUUCAGAUUCGUAACAACACGUCCAGAGUGCUCAGCUUUGAUUUGUCCUGGCCAGCCCACUGCCUCACCAUCACCCCUCAGCAUGGGGUUAUUGAGCCGCAGUGUCAUCUACAGAUUCUCGUCAGUCCCAACCCAUCACUAGCGACUAAACCUGCUCUGCUGCCUUGGAGUGGACAGGUGUAUGUCCAGUGUGAUGGCCAACAGAAGUUCAUUAAGGUCCAGAUCCGUCAGGACUUGGCGCUGGAUGUGUCCACAGCUCCAGCAGAUGGCUCUCUGUCGGCCCUGCCCCCUCUUGCUGCCACCCCUGUGCUGCCUGUGGUCAGGCUCAACAACAAACCGUCUCUGCCCCUUCAGAGCCCACAGACUCCAGCGGCUCCUCAGGCAUUGGUGGAGAUCAGCAACAAGACGAUCCUCUUCCCAACUACUCCUUCAGGGGAAACAUCAGAGGCCCAGCUGGAGGUGCAGAAUAAAGAAGUAGAAGUGAGGUGGUACCUGUCAUCAUUCGCCCCACCGUAUGUCAAGGGGGUUGACAACACUGAAGAUGUGUACAGAGCAACCUACACUGCUUUUAGAUGUUCCAGGGUCUCAGGAAUUCUGGGGGCCCAUGAGAAGAUGCAGGUGCCUAUAACAUUUCUGCCCAGAGACAGAGGAGAUUAUGCCCAGUUCUGGGACUUGGAGUGCCAUCCAGUGUCUGAGCCUCAGCAGAAAAGCAGAAUCCGCUUUCAACUUUGUGGCACUGGAUCAAAAAGUGGACCAGUGGAAGGACCACAGCAAAGAGACAACACACUCAUAAAAACUGAGCCCACGGUCAAGACCAGAAAGAAAGCUGAUGCAUCUGCAGGCAAAGCCAGCCAGGAGGAGGCGGCGUGGAGGGGUGUGUAUGCUCCUCAGGAGCUCUACACCUUCCCUACCACACGAGUGGGAGAGUCCAGCAGCCUGAAGGUCAGCAUCCGCAACAACUCGGCCAACAUGCACGAGCUGAAAUUUGUAAACACUAAGGAGCCCUUCUACAUCAAGCAUUCCAAAUAUUCCCUGAGAUCACAGCACUAUCUGAAGCUCCCUGUCCAGUUCAAGCCCAGCACUGCAGGCAGACACGGAGGUUUACUGCUCAUCCAGUCAGAAACAAGUGGAAAUCUUGUUAUCCAGCUGACUGGUGAGGCAGUGCCCUGAACUCUCCAGCUUCCAUCCUACACCAACUGCCUCCCACUGCUGACUGACUGUCGUUGGGUGAAGGCUGCUGCAUUGUCUCUUUAUUAAAACUGCAGAGGACAAAUUGAAAAAAAGGUGCUAAAAUGCUGCAGAAGAUUAAAUGGACUGUUGUUUUUUCAUUUUUGUAAAUGUGGAUUGAAGGUGAUUAACUGGAUUUGACAGAGGGAUCUGCAGCCAGCAUCUGCAGCCAGCAUCUGCCUUUCUGGAGAAGGCACAUGUGCCUUCAGGUGCCCUGUGGAAAACAAGUGUCCCCAUGUGUGCCAGGAAAGAACUGAAUAAUAGGUCUCACCGGCCCAUAAUUAGUCCGCCUGCCUCUGGCGUUUCACAGACUUAUUUUUGCCACUUGACUUUGUCUUCUGCCUGAGUUGUGUCACAUGGGAGCGCUGUUGUUGCUAUGGCCUGUCAGACAGUGGCAGCAGCAGUCAGGAGAUGCUGAGGAUUACCUGGAGUCAGUCCCUCUGGAAGGCCUUUGUCUCUUGGUUGACUACAUGGCUGCAGUCAUUUUGGUUUUGAAAAAGACAUGUUUUGAGUCCAUUUUACGCAAUGUUAGACAGAGCUGGAAUCUGAAAGUGUUCAGCAACUAAAGUGAAAACAACACCUGCUGAAAACUCUUUUCUUCUGUACCUAAACUGGGUCUGCUAAUAUUUCAUUCGUUUUUCUCCGUCCUAUGUUGAGGUUGUUUCUGGUCAUUUCUGAUCUCACCUGCACCUGAUCACUUGUUCACUUCCCAGUCUCUAACACUUGUGCCCUAUUGACAUCUUAUUGUUUGGCUGGUCAGUGAUGAUAAUUUGCUUGAAACUUCCCUCUAGACUUUUUGAUUUGUCUUCUCUGCAGCUGUUCUGAAACACUGUUGAUUACAGUUUGUCAUGAAGGAAAAAAACAACUAAAUUUUCCUCUUGGCUCUAGGGCAAAUGGAUAAAUUGCACAGGAAGGGUGGGGUUUGAAUCUGUUUUUUUUCUGUGGCUGAAUGAAGAAAUUGUUUCUAUUUACCAUCGAAGAUGUUGUGGUUUUUUUUGUUUUUUUUUAACCGUCAACAGCCUUCUUGAAGUAGAUAACACUAGUAUGGAGAGACGUUCACAUGUUUGCUAGGUUUUGAUAUGAAGACCAACUAUACGUCCACUGACUGCGUUAACAAGUUUGAUUUACAAUUUGCACAUGUUUAAAUAGUAUAUUAUGUAAUAUAUGUACACAUUUAAAUAAAAUUUCUAAUAAA